CCAUAACACCAUAGGAGAAAAUUAGCAAUUUUUUUGUAUAGUAAAGAAAGACCCACAGCCCGAACUAAAUUGGCUCCCCAACUCUCAUUCGACUGAAAAUGUCUAAACUACAGUCGUUUCGUGUGUUUUUAAAUGAGCGCUUAACGGAGGCUGCUGUGGAGAUUUUUGGUGCAGUUGAGAAAGCGGUAGUGGAGUACCAGGAGGAGAAUGAUCGGCUACGGAGAAUGCUGCGAAUCACACCGGAGAUAAAACUAUGUGGAAUAGGCUCCCUGCAGCUCUCUCUUGCUGUCGCUGAAGAGGCGGUUCCCCCUGAGCAGCAACACUGUGAGCAGGAGUGGAGCCACAGUCUGGGGCAGGAGGACCCAGGGCACACACAGAUUAAAGAGGAACAGGAGGAACUCUGGACCAGUCAGGAGGAAGAACAGCUUCAAGGGCUGGAGCCUGAUAUCAUAGAGUUCAAAUUUACUCCUUCCUGUGUGAAAAGUGAAUGUGAUCAGGAGGACCCACUUCAGUCGUUAACUCUUCCCCUAACCCAGACUAUGGAGAACAGAGAGCGUGACUCUACACCAGUGGAUCUCAAACCUUGUGGCACUGUUACCAACCUAAAGGGUCUUGACAUUCCUUGUGACCGUCCAAGUGAUCAAAACAAUGCCUCUGGCCACAGCUCAGCGGUAAGCAGCCACCCAGUAGGACUUUACAGCAGCCCACCAAUGGAUGCCAACGCACCAUUGGGGGAACGCCGUUCUAAACCCAGCACCACAUCUAUACAUAUUCACUGCUGCCAUGACUGUGGUGAAACAUUUGCUCUGAAAGCUGACCUGCAGAGGCAUUUGACUCACCCCAAGAAGAGUGAAUGCCGCUUAUGCAAAAAACACUACAACUCCACCUGUAAACUGAAGACCCAUGUUCGACUCUGUCAGGGUGGGAAACCCUGCCUUGUUUGUGGCGAGACCUUCAGAUACAAAGGAGAUCUGUCCAGGCACAUGAAGACUCACAAAGGAGAGAAACCAUUCAGCUGUAGUGACUGUGGGAAAAGUUUCAAUCGCAAAGAGUACCUAACGGAACAUAUACGGACUCACACAGGAGAGAAACCAUUUAGCUGUGGCGUCUGUGGGAAAACCUUCAGUCAAAGGGGAGCCCUGGGGAGGCAUAUACGGACUCACACAGGAGAGAAACCGUUUAGCUGUGGCGACUGUGGGAAGAGAUUCCGGCAGAAGGGUGACCUAGGGAAGCAUAUGUUGACGCACACAGGAGAGAAAAUAUUUAGCUGUGGUGACUGUGGGAAAUGCUUCAGUCGCAAUCAUACUACCUGAUCAGUUACGGACUCAUACAGAGGGGAGCAGUCGUCACAGCUAAACGGUUUAAGGGUGGAGGCAUAUAUUGACACACACAGGUGAUAAGCACACGGUUGCUCAGUUUGUGGGUGAACAUUCAUUCGUAAGGCUCAUCUGCUGAAACACGUGAAUCAAGUCCACGAAGAAAGAAAUCAGGACAAAAGCGGAAAGAAAGAAAAUUAGGACGUAACGUCUUCUGUCAGAUGGGAGUAAAAGUUCAAGUUUUUGUCAUGUGCACAGGAUAAGAAAAAAGAAGAAAACCCGCACACUGCUCUGGCUAGUAUCGUUGCUCUUUAUUAAGCUUUACGUAUCAGCCUCAAGGCCUUCGUUAGAGCUUUGAGGCCGAUACGUAAAGCUUAAUAAAGAGCGGUGAUACUAGCAAGAGCGGUGAUACUAGCAAGUGCAGUGUGCGGGUUUCUUCUUUGAUCUUAUCUUAUUCAACUGUUACCAUGCACCUGCAACAAAGAUGGCGCAGAUGUGCGAGUGCCUUUUUAAAAUUUAAAUGCACAGGAUCUACAUGGUGUACAAUAAAAUGCUUACUUGCAGGUUCACCUCCUUGACAAUGCAACAACAAUAGAAUACAAGUAUAACAAUAAUACAGCUCAAUUGAAUAACAAUAAAAUAAGUAUAAAUGCAAGGAGGCCACUCAAACAAAUUUACAGUAGAAUAUUUACACGUGUGUUAAGGGAGGGGAAUGUGAAGAGCAAAGUGUUGAAUUGUGCAAUAGUUAAGCAAUAAUUAGUUGAUGUUUAGUAGUAGCAGCAGUCAUGGUGUAUGUGCAUCUGUGCCAAGGUGUGGCGAGUCGGUGCAAAGGAGCUGGUGGUGGUCAGUGCCAGUUCAGGUGUUCAGCAGUCUGAUGGCUUUUGGGUAGGAACUGUCUCUGAGCCUGGUGGUCCGAGGCACAACUCUCUGAUACCGUCUGCCCGACAUUUAAGGGAGUGAACAGUCAGUGGCUGGGAUGUGUGGGGUCCUUGAUAAUAUUACGGGCCUUUCUCGGGCACUGCUUGGGGAAAACGCCCUGUAUAUGGGUGGGACCACGGUCCCAAUGAUGGACUGGACCUUCUAGACCAGAGUGGUGGUGUUGACCGUUGUGAAAAAAAGUACUACUUAAUCACUACACAAAACAUAUUUGUGCAGUAGUGACUAUGUAGAGACUUGUAGGAAUUGUGUAGUCAAAAUACUAUAGAUUCACUACAACAUCUGUUCAAUAGUCAGAGCUUCUAGUGCUUGUUUGUAGAGUGAAUAAGUAGUUACGAAACUUCAGCCAGACUACGGCGUCUUUUCAGUAGUGAUCAGGGCCCGGUUUCCCGAUUAGCGUCGGAACCUAGGCUUAACGACAGAUGUCACGCCCGUUUCCCAAAACGCCAUGCAGUGCACUCGUUACGAAGUGAAACCUAACUGUCAUUACAGAAGCUUUCCCGUGCUAAAAAUUAUUCCAGAAUAUCGGCUGAAGAGCUUUCCAUGUGUUAUGUAUCCUAAGUGUUUUCUCGUGCUAUUUUGUAUUACCAUGUUUGAUUUAUGUCAAAUCUGCAUUUCUUCAGUUUGUGUAACUGAACAAGGACGAGUGAAGCCGAAGGUCAGUCGCUCGCUCGUUCCCCUAGGUCGCCAUUUUAUAAAAUAUCAAGGUGACCUAAAAGUAGGAUAUGAUAACAAUGGUUCUUGUAAUUGCUCAACAAACCAUUGUAGCCUAAUGGCAGGCAGUAAUUGGGCUUCAAGUAGGUCUACAGAUAUUCUAUAAUUAAACGUGAAGUAGCAAGUUAAGCGACGUUGUCAUAAGACCUAAUAGGUUAUUGGUUAAGCUACAGUGAAAUGUGUGAGCUUUUAGAUAACAGGACACUGUCGGCCUCAUAGAUACGUAUGUUGGAGCGGCUCAGAUGUAACCCGAUGGCUGAAUACUAGGUAGUUCUAUUGAUGACAUCCCUUUCAUGCAUGUCCAAACGGUCUUAGCUGUUAGCCGUUGUCAGAGGUGUAAUUGUGUUUAGCCUAGCUGUUUGCUAGCCCCAUUGAAAUGUAGAAAUGCAGCCUGUUUUCGUCACGCUGGCUAGCUAAUAAGUAUGUGUUUUGUAUGCAAAUGUACAGUAAGCUCAUAAGUAUUCUUACACAUUCUACUUACCUAUUUUGACCUGUUGCGAAGGAGGCCCUCGACAUAAGACUAGAGGCCAUUGUUGGUAGGAUUAACAUUGUUUAUCAUGUUUUUUUUUUUUUUUUCAUUUUCUUAUUUGACCUCUGUGAGCAGAUCAUUGAUAAUGGUUAAUAAUUGUUUGUUUCGUGUGCAUGUCUUUUUUUUAAUAGAAAAUAAAAUAUAAACUCUGGAUGUGGAAAGCUGAGGUUCUAAGUAGAAUGACACAAUGUACGGGAAAUUGUGUACGACGCAAUAUGUAUGUCUAUUAUGAAAAACCUACUUCAUUUAAGCUAAGGGCCGCAGAAUGAGCAGUGAUGCUCCUUGGGUUGUACACUGUGGAUUUGGAAACUAGCAGUGCCCCUGAGUAGAAUGGGACCCCCUUUUACUGCAACACGAUGUACAGGAAAUGGUGUGCUACGGAGCAGUAUGUCCAAUAUGAAAAACUUUACUGAACAUCGUACAAUGCGAAUGGGCUAAUUAACAAUAGGAUUUAAGUGUUUUCCAAAGUUGAUUAUUAUAAUAUUGUUAUUACUAUUAAUAGUAGCAUUAAAUGUUUUGUUAUUUAUAUAAUUAAUGUUUUAUAUAUUUAUAUAAUUAUCUACAAUAGAAAUCAUUACUUUUAAUGUUGUUAGUCCUAACAAGAAUGUCAAUGCUAUAUUAUUUGUGCUUUAAAAAGGAGAUUAAUUUAUCAUUAUUCAACCAUAUGAAAAAAAAUAAUCUUCCCUAAAUGUUAUACAUUUCGACCAUUUGUAUUUUUCACCAUUGCGGGACUUUUAUUUUGGAGGAAAAUCGCUGAGGUCAUGGUCUUAUUCUUGAUUGGUCUUGCUUAUUCUUGCUGGCAGAACGGAGGUGCUAUAGAGACUGCUGCGGACUACACCAGAGAGAGAACUGUGGAAUAGGUGUGUAUAUACAUCUACUGAUCGCUAGCUAUAGUUCUACUCUAUUAAUAAACUGUUCAGGCUAA